AAUUACUAUUAUUGAAAUAUUGCAUACAAUACAAGUGAUAAGAAGAUAGCUGCAAAAAGACAUUUCCCAAGUUUGAUAAUAUAAAUUUGCAUUAAAAUGUAUUUGGUAAUUAAGUAAAAAUUAUCCUAAUUCCCAUUAUGUACAACGGAGGCUGAGUUGUAAGUUGACAUAUUUUCACAAGUGUGGUUGAAUACUACUUUGGAUUGAUCUCAUCAAGCAAAACUUAUGUUUAACAAUCUUACCAAUUCAAUGGAUAUGCAUAUUUCAUUGUAGAUUUUCUUCUAUUUAUGGAAGAUGCAAAACUCAUUCUUUGUAUUGUAUAUAAAUGGUCUAUUAGUAGUAUCCCGUGCAUGUCAAAAUAUUAAAAAUGUCAGAUGUUGAUCAAGACAAGAACCAAGCCAUCAAGGCAAAUGAUUGUUUACUUGAUCUUAGCCUUUCAAGUAACAACAACUUAGAGCUUAAUUUGCUAGGCCAUUUUGGUAUUCUGGAAUCGUCAACUAGUGAUGAGAGUAACAAGAAGGCUGCAGUAGCAGCAGAGGAAAGGCAUUUCCUAUGCAAAUAUUGCAACAGAAGUUUCUCUAAUUCUCAAGCAUUGGGUGGGCAUCAAAACGCACAUAAACGCGAGAGAGCAUGGCUGAAAAGAGAGAAGAAAGGAGCGGAAUUAGUAAUCCCUUAUGGAGUAUUCAUGGAUUGCUACCCAUUUCCAGAAUCCUUUAGCAGACCUUUUGGGAUUAACAUUCACUCUAUGAUACGCAAACCAUCCUACCGUCACUACACUUCUCGUCAACAACCUUCAAGAUCGGUUCCCUUUGGAGUCUCGCCAAAUGGCGCAUUUCAAUCUCUAGCGUCCUCAACCAUGAUCCAUCCAUUUGGUUUGGAUAGUAAUACGAGUGGCGGGCAUCAGCUUGAUGUUUCAGGAAUGAGCCCUACUUUUAGUUUUGGGUAUGAUCUUGCAGGAAAUGACUUGUGCCUAAACCUUUGAAUUUCUAGUUUUUGUGUUCCAUUUAAGUUGAUAUUUUGUUUUGCUUUCGUGUAUUAUGUUUCUAUUUCGGCGGCUGCUGCUUUGAUUAUAUAAUUACUCUCAA